AUGAACGAGGCAAUUGCGUGCUCCCUUUUGUCUACGAUACGACCAUCACUUACUCUUCUUCCUGAUGAACCAGAAUAUGAACGAGCAAAAGCUGCGUUUUGGAGUUCUACUCAAACCAAAAGUACUCCUGCGGCCAUUUUCCAACCUCGAAUGGCUGCAGAUGUGUCGAUUGCUAUCAUUAUUCUCAAAAAAACCUCUUGCCGGUUCGCAGUAAAGAGUGGCGGGCACGGCAAAUGGGCAGGAGAAUCCUCUAUCAAUGGCGGUGUCUUGAUUGACCUGGCAAAUAUGAAGCAGAUCAAAUUGUCUCAAAAGCAGUCUGUGGUUGCACUUGGGCCAGGCAAUCGCUGGGGAGAUGUUUACUCUGCUUUGGAACCGCUAGGUCUGACGGUAGUGGGUGGUAGAGCUUCUGGAGUAGGAGUCGGCGGGUUCCUGCUGGGGGGUGGAAUCUCUUGGUACUCAAAUCUUUACGGCUGGGGUUGUGACAACAUAGAAGCCUAUGAAGUGGUUCUCGCUGAUGGUUCAGUCGUGACAGCAAGUGAAGACGUGUUUCCAGAUUUAUACAAAGCACUACGAGGAGGUACUGGUAAUUUCGGUAUCGUCACUGCAUUUUUCGUCAAAUUAUAUCCCUACACCGGCAUGUGGGGAGGUACAAAAACAUUCAAACGCCAAUAUAGCGACCAAGCGACGAAGGGCUUCAUUGAUAUUGGUUCAAUCAGUGAUUCGGUAGACCCCAAGUCCUUCUUCAUACUCAGCCUCAGCACAACUGAGGACAAAUCAUGGGUAUGGGGGUCGAGUCUCAUCUACUGUGACACGAAUGUCAACCUUGCCUGCUUCAAUGCCGUUGAAACCAUACCAACGCUCAACAACGAGUGUCGUGUGAGAGAUCAGACCGAAUCUGUGGCACACCUGCAGUCCUACUACCCGAAUUGGAUGCAAUACUCCAUCUGGACUAUGGCCACUAAGGUCGACCUUAUCACGCUGCGCAUAUGCUGUGCAAUCUGGGAAGAGGAGAUGGAUCCCCUUCUCCAUGAGGUAGGAGACCUUGUCCCAGUGCUCGCAAUACAAUAUAUCACGUCAAAAGUCAUCGAGGGUGCCGGACGUAGCGGUGGAAACGUUACCGGACUUGCAGGCACCCAGCCUUUUGUUAUGUAUAAUUCUGAACCACGCUGGGCUCACGCACAUGACAAUCAGCGUGUGAUCUCACAUAUCAAGAGAGCAUUUGAACGAAUGUCCACCGAGUCAAGACGGCUUGGCACCAACCAUGAAUACAGAUACAGCAACUAUGCCAGUGAAUAUCAAGAUGCCAUUGUUUCUUAUGGGACGGAUUCAAAUGAGUUCUUACGCAAGGUCUCAAACAAAUAUGACCCCAACGGAGUAUUCCAAAAGUUGCGAUCAAGUGGCUUUGAUUUUUCAGGUCCUCCUAGAAAGAUCCAGGAACUUGAAUAUGGUGCGAAGCUAUAA